UCAAAGAAUCAAAAUCUGACGCUGUGCUUAUCCAAAUUCUGUCUCCCUCCUCUAUUUUCUUUAUCUUUCUUCUUUAUUUUUCAUACAACUCGAACACUCCUGUAACAAUGGCUACUCUCUUAGCUUCGUUGAAGCUUUCCGUCAUACCUUCACCCUCAUCCUCACCAGCACCUUCUUCUUUUUCUUCCAAACCACAGCUUCCCACACUGUUGUCUCAGAAAUCUUUCUUCUUGAGCCCAUUUACCCGAAACAAUCUUAAAUGCAUACCCAGAAAUACGCCCGUCAAGGCAAAAUCUUUCCUUGUUCGAAUGUCAUGGGAUGGUCCUCUCUCUUCCGUCAAAUUAAUCAUUCAAGGCAAAAAUCUUGAGUUAACAGAUACAGUUAAAAAGCAUGUUGAAGAUAAGGUUGGGAAGGCAGUUCAGAAGCAUAGUCAUCUUGUGAGGGAAGUUGAUGUAAGGUUGUCUGUUAGAGGUGGAGAGCUUGGGAGAGGACCAAGGAUUCGUCGAUGUGAGGUAACUUUGUUUACAAAGAAGCAUGGAGUGGUUCGUGCGGAAGAAGAUGCUGAGACAGUAUAUGCUAGUAUAGAUUUGGUGUCCUCAGUCCUUCAAAGGAAGUUGAGGAAGAUUAAGGAGAAGGAAUCAGACCAUGGUCGACAUAUGAAGGGCUUCAACAGACUCAAAGUUAGGGAGCCAAUGACUCAAGUAGUGAAGGAUGAUGUUGAUUCACAAUCCCAAGAAGAAGAGGACAAUGACUUGGUUGAUGAGAUUGUUCGCACAAAGUACUUUGACAUGCCUCCUUUGGCUGUCUCCGAAGCCAUUGAGCAGCUGGAAAAUGUUGAUCAUGACUUCUAUGGUUUCCGAAAUGAAGAAACUGGUGAGAUAAAUAUUGUGUACCGACGAAAAGAGGGAGGUUAUGGUCUUAUUAUACCUAAAGGAAAUGGUAAUGCUGAGAAAUUAGAGCCUCUGGUGGUUGAACCAGCAAGAGAACCCUCCUUGGCAGAAUAAAUACACAGCUAGAAAGGAGAUAUGUCUCUCAUUUAGAUCAGCCCAGACCGUUUUUCAAUCUUUUGUAAGUGUCUAGUGGCAGUGGUGUAUACGAAGGCUAAGGCGGGCUAAGCACAUAACUAUACAGUUUUUUAUAUGAAGCAUUUACAAAAUUUUGACAUGUAUGCACUUGUUUUGGGUGAUUAAUUUUGUAGAAUGAGAGAAAAAGACGUAUCAACCAGUGCCAAUGAAGAGAGAUGAGGAAAAACUUAAUGUAAUCACCAUGCAGUCUAUACAAUUAUCACUCUUUAUUAACAGAAA